UUAACGGUUGCAGGCGCCGGAGGCCGGUCGUUCUCCUUGGUUGUCUCCAACUUCUGGUUUUCUGAUCUUUGAGGGGCCUCCGCCAGUUAGACCAUCAUACUUUCCACCCUUUGUAGCCGCGUCGUUGUGACUUCGCCACCAUGUUCGAGGCGCGCCUGGUCCAGGGUUCCAUCCUGAAGAAAGUGCUGGAGGCGCUCAAGGAUCUCAUCAAUGAGGCCUGCUGGGACAUCAGCUCGAGUGGCGUGAACCUGCAGAGCAUGGAUUCGUCCCACGUCUCCCUGGUGCAGCUCACUCUGCGCUCCGAGGGCUUCGAUACCUACCGCUGCGACCGCAACCUGGCCAUGGGCGUGAACCUCACCAGCAUGUCCAAGAUACUCAAGUGUGCUGGCAAUGAAGACAUCAUCACACUGAGGGCAGAAGAUAAUGCAGACACAUUGGCACUAGUAUUUGAAGCACCAAACCAAGAAAAAGUUUCAGACUAUGAAAUGAAGUUGAUGGAUUUAGAUGUUGAACAGCUUGGAAUUCCAGAGCAGGAGUAUAGCUGUGUAGUGAAGAUGCCUUCUGGUGAAUUUGCACGUAUCUGCCGAGACCUCAGUCAUAUUGGAGAUGCUGUUGUCAUUUCCUGUGCGAAAGAUGGAGUGAAAUUUUCUGCAAGUGGAGAACUCGGAAAUGGGAAUAUUAAGUUGUCACAAACAAGUAACGUUGAUAAAGAGGAGGAGGCUGUUACCAUAGAGAUGAAUGAGCCCGUUCAGCUAACUUUUGCACUUAGAUACCUGAACUUCUUUACAAAAGCCACUCCACUGUCUUCUACAGUAACACUGAGUAUGUCUGCAGAUGUACCUCUUGUUGUAGAAUACAAAAUUGCUGAUAUGGGACACUUAAAGUACUAUUUGGCUCCCAAGAUUGAGGAUGAAGAAGGAUCUUAGACCCACUUAAAAUCCAAGAAAAUAAAGCUCUUUGAGAACUUC